AAGAACACGAAGCAUCAAAUAAGUAUUGGGAGCCGCGUGACUCCAGCUCGCCCGGUACACAAACAAACCACUUGAACCAGAAAGCCAAUCGCCAUGGAACUCCCCUUGACCUCGUCUCCUCUCCUCGUCCUGCUCCUCGCUCUCCUCCCUGUCCUCUACGGCCUGCUCCGCCUGUGCCGGGACCCCAGGAAGCAGCCCCGCGCCGACGGCCUCAAGCCCUACCCCCUCCUCGGCACGUUCCCGCACCUGAUCAGGAACCAGCACCGCUUCCUCGAGUGGACGACCGACGUCGUGAAGCGAUGCCCCACGCACACCAUGUCCUUCAAGGUCCCCGGCCUCGCCGGCGUCGCCAUCACCGCAAACCCGGCCAACUUCGAGCACAUAGCCAAGACCAACUUCGCCAACUACCCCAAGGGCGAGGUCACCGUGUCCACCAUCGAGGACUUCCUCGGCCACGGCAUCUUCAACUCCGACGGGGAGCAGUGGCUGCGGCAGCGCAAGGCCGCCAGCUACGAGUUCAGCAAGCGCUCACUCCGGAGCUUCGUCGUCGACACGGUCCGGUUCGAGAUCGCCCAGCGGCUGCUGCCGCUGCUCGAGCGCGCGGCGCGCGACGGCCGGACGCUGGACGUGCAGGACGUGCUGGAACGCUUCGCGUUCGACAGCAUCUGCCGCGUGGCGUUCGGCGACGACCCGGCGUGCCUCGCCGAGGAGGGCGGCGUGUCCGCGCGCCGGGGCGCCGAGUUCAUGCGCGCCUUCAACGACGUGCAGGACGGCAUCAUCGCCCGGUUCAUGACGCCGUUCAAGUCGCUGUGGCGCGUCCAGAGGCUGCUCAACCUGGACCCCGAGCGGCGGCUGCGCGAGGCUCUCGACACGGUGCACGGCUACGCCGACCGGAUCGUCCGCGAGCGCAGGGAGAGGGCGGAGGCCGGGCUGGCGGGCCGGGACGACUUCCUCUCGCGCUUCGCCGCGAGCGGCGAGCACAGCGACGAGUCCCUCCGCCACGUGGUCACCAACUUCCUCCUCGCCGGCCGCGACACGACGUCGUCGGCGUUGACCUGGUUCUUCUGGCUGGUCUCCGGCCGGCCAGACGUGGAGGGCAAGAUCUUGCGCGAGAUCCGGUCGAUGCGCGCGUCCGCUCCGGCGAACGCGGGCGCGCCGGCAUUCAGCUUCGACGAGCUCCGUGAGAUGCACUACCUCCACGCCGCCGUCACCGAGUCCAUGCGGCUGUACCCGCCGGUGGCCAUGGACGCGCACAGCUGCGAGCACGACGACUUCCUGCCGGACGGCACGUUCGUGGGGAAAGGGUGGCAGGUGACGAGCUCCGCGUACGCCAUGGCGCGGGUGGAGGACAUUUGGGGGAAGGACUGCGAGGAGUUCAGGCCGGAGCGCUGGCUCGGCGAGGACGGCGCGUUCCAGCCGGAGAGCACGUUCAGGUACCCGGUGUUCCACGCCGGCCCGAGGAUGUGCCUCGGCAAGGAGAUGGCCUACAUCCAGAUGAAAUCCAUCGUCGCGUGCGUGUUCGAGAGGUUCAGCUUCCGGUUCGUCGGCGGCGAGGAGCGGCCGGGCCUUGUGCUCUCCUUCACGCUGCGGAUGAAAGGCGGCUUGGCGAUGCAAGUGAACAAGAGGAGCUAAGGCAAUCCAGGAUAUUGAGACCUACAAUUUGUUACCUGUAUUGUUUCAUAGUGUUGUUCUCGUUUGGUUUGAGUCUUAUGACUGCUAUUAACCACUGCUGGAUAAAUUCCUACCUUA